CAGCAUUGAAUGGGCGUAGAAGCGACGCUAUGAAUAUAUUGUCAUUAUUAUAUUUGUCUAUUCUCGUCGUGAAAUGUAUUAAAGGUCUUGUGAAUAUAUAAUACGCUUCCCACGUAUCUUCGCCCACUCCGAUUAGCCGUAUUUAUCUUUCGGUUAAAUAUUAACCAAGAUUUUGCGCCUUUCAAAUCUCACCCAUUAAGCAAUGAUCCGCCCACGUCUGACGAAACAACGAGUGCAGAGCCGUAAGUGUGUAGCACAGUAUAUACCCUGGGUAUUCGCAUGAAUGAUGCAAAAAGUUCUGUUAAUUUUGGCAGCUAUUUCAUCCUUGAAUUUGGUGAAUCAAGCAGCAUGUGAACUUCAAUUGGAUUUUGAACAUAUUGUAUAUGGAGUUCAGGACAAAGAAGUUAUAUUAAAAUGUGGGAUUAUUUCAGAUUUAGACAUUAAACAAGUAAUAUGGUAUAAAGAGAAUGAGUAUGAUCGUACCCGCCCUGAUACAAUAUAUUACUAUGAACCAGCGAUUUCAAUUGAUAGACCAACAAUGAAUCGUGCAAGUCGCUCAGCAAAUGGAACAUCACUCACAAUUUACCCUCUCAUGUUAGCUGAUGAAGGAAGGUAUCGGUGCCGUGUUCAAGUAUGGCAAAGCAAUUCAACAAUGUCCAUACCUGAAGAAAAGAGUGCUACUAUGAAACUUGUUGUUUAUGUACCUCCACAAAGAGAACAACUGAGCACAUUUUCAGCACAAAAGAACAUCACACUCACCUGUAAAGCAUUUAAUGCAAAACCAGCAGCACAGAUAAUGUGGUUAAAAACAACACCACAAGGAGAAUCCCAACAACUGUUUUCACAAAAAUUUGUCACAAAAUCACAUGAUGAGCUUUCAGAUUCAACAGGACAUCUCUAUUACAUGUUGUCGAAAAAGGAUAAUUCUGUCAGACUGUCGUGUGUUAUUAUGCAUCCAGAAACUAACACAACUGUCUAUAAAAAUGUUACAAUGGUGUCGCCUGUUAUACAAAAUGCAGUAGAUAUUCUGGUAGACAGGCUCGGAGGGGAAAUUACAUACUCCUCUGUAAUAAAUCAAGAUGAUGAGGAUUCUGCCGCAAGUUUUGUUAAAAUUACGGCAGAUCCGGGUUUAGAAAUUAACUACAAUUCUUCAGUAACUUUAUCAGCUUCUGCUCCAGGAGUUUUCCCACAACCCAGUUUUGUGUGGUGGACAGGUGAUCAAGCCGCUUAUUCUGGAUCUGAGCUUUACAUUUCGCAUGUUGAUAGAAAUCAAAUAUAUUAUGUUCUGGCACAGAAUCCUGUUGGAAGAGUUCUCCUGUCCGUUCCACUCACAAUUGUGGAUACAGAAAACGUUGAAGGCAAUUCCAACACUACCAAUACAACAGAUGAUAAUAAAACGCCUGAAGAUACAAUGAAUGGGGGAUUGAUUGCUGCUUGUAUCAUUGCGGCAAUGGUGUUCCUGCUCUUGGUUGGUCUCACCAUCUGGUACUGCACUUGUAGAAAUCCACCGAAUGAAGGAAUACCAAAUGUACGAAAGAAAAAAGAUAGUAAAAGACACAUAGAGGAGGAAGAUGCAUUUAUGUCACAUCAUCAGAAACCCUUGAUGAGGACAACGUCAACCCAAACACUUGAGGGUAAACGGCAAAACCAAAAAAGAGAGUCACAAAGGUUUGCAACACCAGACGACAGCCCAGUUGUGAGUAAACCACUGAAAAGUGAUAAAACUCAUACAUCUCCUCCAGAAUAUGCAACUAAACCACGACCAAUGGAAAAGCAUCUUCAGGAGUAUGACGAGAGUGCUUCCUUUGUCGGAGACUAUGGUUCCAACGUAGGGUUAGAGAGCAACCCAAGUGUUGAGAAUCUACAUAGUGCACUGGAGGAAGACUCUCACUCGGAGGAAAGUAUUCCUGAUUCUGAAGAUAGCACGAGUGUAAAAGUACCUCAUCGCAGAGAAGAUGUUGUUUGAAACUGUGUUUUCGAAAAGCUGAUUCAAUGCAGAAUUUUUAAGCAUUUUUGCUUGACAAUCCCAUGACUUUGAAAUAUCAUGCACAUAUUAUGUCGGAUUGUUUUCACAUCUUUAAUUGUAGCGUGUAAUAUUGAUUUUGUGCUCAGUAUAUAAUUUAUUUCAAUGUGCCAAUUCUGCUUUUAGGUAGUUAAUGCUUUGUAUAUUCACCUAUUACAUGUAGAUUCCACGCUUUUAAUUCUGCCAUAUGCUUACUGUGUUGCUGAGUAUAAUGCAAUAUAUGUUAUAUUUGCAUAGACCUGUUUUGUGCAGUUUAGAAAAUAACUUGCUUAGUGAUUGGCACAUCACACACUGUAUAAGUAUUAGAAGGGAUUGUUGGAUGGAAAAGGGAUUAUUGAACAGUAACUGACAUGGACAGGUAUCCGGAUGAGGGGUCAUGGUUUGCCAUAUAAUUGAGGCAUUUUGCCUCUUCCCUGUGAUAAUUAUGAAAAUCCUAUCCAUCUGAUGCAUUUCACAAUAACUAUUAUAUGAUAAAAUCCAGAAUCUCACCUUAACAGUAUUCUUUAACCUCUUUUCACCACGACCCACCUCGGGUAAUGAUACAGAAAAUAAUGAUAAAAUUGACAAUACCUCUCUUGAGAAAAUCGA